CAUUAGGACUAAAGACAACUUGAUGCGCUCUGCCUCGGUCUCCAGCUGCAGCUCAACACUGCGCCUUUGCGCCACUGAGUGAGGGAGGAGGAUCCAAGCUGUUCCUCUCGGGCGCACACGCGCACGGACCACUUUUCCAAAUGUGUUUCUAAAGAGGCGCACUGGGAAUUAGUUUCCCGUGAUUUCUGAUCUGCUGGCCGUCCGCGCUACUUUUACUUCCCAAGGUGAAACACGGCACUGAAUGACCGUGCGUCACCUCGGCAGCGCCAAUAGCGAGCACGCCCCCCGUCGUGCCAAAUAUAAAAGCUGCUCUCGCCCGACUUCCAGUGACUGGGUGGCUUUGACUGGGGCUGUUGAACGGGAGCAAACCAGCAAAUGGUCACUAACUUUACACGCAUAGGACUUUUUUGUGUUUUCAAACACCGAGGCGGCAUGGAUUUAAACUUCACGCUCCGGGGGCGAGACUCAUCCGGCUUCGGCGCACUGGCGCAGACGCUCUUUGGGAAUAACUCACAGUUUUCAUUCGACAACAACACCACCGCCGCGAAAACGGACGAGGAGGACCUGGAAGUCAACACGGACGUCUACUCCAAAGUGAUAGUGACCGUCAUCUACGUGGCUCUGUUCGCGGUGGGCUCUCUGGGCAACUCCAUCACCCUGUACACGCUGCUGACCAAAAAGACGCUGCAGAACCUGCAGAGCACCGUGCACUACCACCUGGCCAGCCUCGCCGUGUCCGACCUGCUCAUAUUCAUUCUCUCCAUGCCCAUCGAGCUCUACAACUUCAUCUGGUUCCAUCACCCGUGGGCGUUCGGGGACGCGGUGUGCAGGGGCUACUACUUCCUGCGCGACAGCUGCUCCUACGCCACGGCGCUCAACAUCACCAGCCUGAGCGUGGAGCGCUACAUGGCCAUCUGCCACCCGUUCAAAGCCAAGAGCAUCAUGUCGCGCAGCCGCACCAAGAAGCUCAUCAGCGCCAUGUGGCUCGCGUCCUUCGCGCUCGCGACGCCGAUGCUCUUCACCAUGGGCCAGUCCGUGCGCAAAGGCGAGAAAAUAUGCUCCACUAUUGUGUCGCCCGUCACAAUGAAGACUGUGCUGCAGGUCAACGCGUUCCUGUCCUUCGUGGCGCCCAUGGUGGCCAUAUCUGUCCUCAACGGGGUCAUAGCCAAUCAGCUGCUGCGAAUGUUCCGCGAGGCGGGACAGGACAACCGCGUGUGCAUCAUCGGCGGGAACCCGACCAUGCUGAACGUGUCGGUGGAGCCCAACCGGGCCCAGUCGCUUCGCCAUGGGGUUCUGGUCCUCCGAGCCGUGGUCAUAGCCUUCGUCGUGUGCUGGCUGCCCUAUCACGCUCGCCGCCUCAUGUUCUGCUACGUCUCUGACUGGUCUAACGACCUGUAUGACUUCUACCACUAUUUCUACAUGCUGACCAACGUCCUGUUCUACGUCAGCUCCGCCAUCAAUCCCGUCCUCUACAACCUGGUGUCGUCCACCUACCGGCAGAUCUUCUUCUCCACGUUGAGCUACUUCUUCGCGCCCUGCCGCCGUUCGCCCCGGAGGCACCGCUACCCCCUGACCCGUCACUCCAUCAGCAUCUCCAGCAACCACACCCUCUCCACCAACAUCAUCAAAGAGACGGCGUACUGAGCCACCCCGUCCACCGCCGCUUGCUGUCAAGUCCAGCUUCACUGGGGGCGUGGCGGUGCUGGAGCGGGGACUGGUAGCAGCUGGUCCGACUGUGGGGGUCGCGCUCACGCUCGUGCGACGUCGAGUGCCCGUGCCGACGCUGCAUUUGUGGUUUUCUUCGUGUUUUGUAUCCGCGUGAUUUUGUAAAACUGUAAAAUAAGGGACGUCAGCGGAGGUAGUCUUAUGUAAAAUAUGUUUCAAUAUAUAUACUGUAUAUAAUACAUGUUUAUAUUCUCACUUGUCUGGUUCUGCAACUUUACACUCAUCAGCUUAUAAAACUCCCGAAUACGUUAUUUAAAAACAGCCUCAACUCACUGACCACUGUAAAGGAUCUGAUGUAAGCUCCCUGCGCGUUCGUUCAAAGGCUCCUGAAUAUGUGAGCUAAAUGGGUUUUAUUGAUUAUUUGAGGCACUUAUACAUAACAGGUGUCACCGUGUGCAGCAAACAUGAAAUGCUGGAAAUUAAUUGAUGCACAGACACAAACAAGCCCACCUGGAACAUAAAGCUGCGCCUUUGAGGGGACGCAGGUUGGGUCUCUUCCAUUCUGCUGUUUACCAAGCACCUGCUUCUUGGGGAAUUGGAAGGAAGACGACGCAGACGACCGUUCCGUUCCGUUUUCCCUUAGGAAGGAGGCAAGUGUGUGAAACCAUGUGGACGGGAAGCCUUACGAGGCUUAACUCGUCAAAUAGAUUAAUAUUUUACACCUGAAUAUUUAUGAUUAUGAUUAUGUGUUGGAUAUGCAACACAACACUGAGAGUCCAGUGCUUCAGCAUGUGACUCGCACGCAGCAGCAUAUCUGCAUGUACUGUCCACAUUAUGAAACAAAAGCUCGUCCAUUCGUACUGCAUGCUUUAUAAUUGGAUUUUGAAUUUGCCACUGAUAAAGAUGAGCUGUAAUGAAGUUUAUAGCAAAUCAUUGUGUUCAUUGUGCGGUUCAGUGACACUUUGUGAAGAGCACGACAAAAGAACAGCAGACGCCUGAGACGAUAAGGGAGAAAACAAUAAGCAAGCAGGGUGGACGUGAAGGCUGCCGGACUGGGUCCAAGCACCAAGAACCUACAGAACCCCAGAAGGGUCUGGUUCUAGUCCAAAUAAACGUUCAUGAAAAGAGCUGCGACAUUAAGAGUGGACCCAUCAGUGGUUUCAGCUGAAAACAAAAGGUUCCACCCUCACCCGUUGAACACGUGGCUGCACAGUUUAUGCUGCUUCUGAAUGUCUAUCUCCACAGGCUGCAGCGUUUCACUUUCACACCGGCUGCAGCGCUUGUGACACUGACGUCCUCAUUCGCCGCAUGCUGUGCGUUGAGCGUUGCACCAUGAUCCACCUGCUCUGUUCUGUCCUGGUUGUUGCACACGGUCCGUUUUAGGCUUGUGUGUCUGUCACAAGGUCGUGAAGAGUUUUUUUAGAUGAAGACAUGUGUCUAUGAGCUGAACACUGGACGCAUGACGUCGAAGAUAUGACAUCAUUUUGUUGUAAAAUAAAAAGGACAAAGAUUUUUUUAAUUGUAAUUUAAUGGUUGAUGAAACAUUUGACCAGAAAAGAAAAAGAAUCCAAACAUCACGAUGCUGAUGCUUUCUAACACGUGCUGUAGUUGAAGCACCUUGAAGCGCUCGCCCUCUAAUCUGCAGUCGGCCUAUCAGUCAUUUCAUAAUGCGCUCUUGCAUCACUGAUUAUAAUGUAAUGUCAUUGUUGUAGGUGUUGACGUUUGCUGGCAGUGUGUGGGUUGGUCCGUGUGGCUCCGUGUUCCUGACACUGUUGAAGUCGUUAACCACUUUAUACUUGCUCCAUUCAAUCGUUAUUCAGUCGUGUCAUUCACCAGACAGACACUGAAUGAAUAUGUUGAAAACACACAACAUGUCCCUUUAAAAAUCUUACUCUGCAGCACAAACCUGGACAUGAAUGUAUUAUAAAGCAAAUGUGCUCACUGUAUUUUGGGUCAUUCACAUCCGCCAUGUUUAAGCAUCGUCACAUGACUUUGACAGAAUGCGGUUUCAUUUCACUAAACAAAUAAAGGCGUGAACCCUGACCUAUUCCCGUGACCCUGCUGUUUGCUGUGGAGCCUCUGCUCCUCCUGCUCACAGGUGCACAGACGCCCACAACUUAGCAGAAGGGCGUUUGACCUUUGCUGAAGCUCUCUCACGCCGGUUAAUAGCUGUGGGCCGGACAAAACAAAUGUCACUCGCGGGGUCUUAUUACACAAGAAGUAUGUUUUACUGUUCGAUGUUCGCAGAGGAAUAACCCGGGACAUUAAUGAGAAAGUGAUACCACAGCCUAAGACAUUAUGAUUCUAUGGCGGAUAUUUGUUCAGGUUUAAAAUGCUGAUUUAUUAAGAAGACAAAAAUGUCUGUUUGAGAGACGUUCAUUCCUCCAGCUGAGGCCUUGGAUCAGCUACAGCUUUACCUGUUAUUACUGCCUCAAACUGCUCUCAUUUUGUUAUUUCUUGUUUCAAUGCAGUGCAUCACUAAAAUAUCUUCAUCAGAUUUUACAGAUUAUGUCCAGUCUAUUGGAGCAAAUAAACUUUAAAGCCUUUUGA